AUGCGUAAUCGACCACGGUCCUCGCCCAGUCCGGCGCCUGCAAUCGGCCAUGGAGGUCUCAUGGUUGCCCGUGCGGACCCGAUCUGUCUUCCACCAGCCCUCAUCAAUGCAGUCCCCAACUGCGCUGUCUCCUGCCUUCAGGUCUUCACCAGUACAAAGUAUCCUGGUAGUAAUUGUCAAACCACAACCGACCUCAAUUUCCUGUGUACCCAGAGCAAUACAUCAGGCCUGACGAUAGGAGAAGCCGCGGUUCAGUGUGUGGUCUCCUUCUGCAGAGGUCAGGAUCAAUUGAAUCUAGGAGGAUACAACGUCUGUAUUGGCGUCCAAGGAGCUCGCCCCAAUACCGCUCAAACCAUCACGGCAACAUUGCUUGCCGCGACUACAUCUGCCACAAUGGACAAUCUACCUCAAACCAUCAGUAAUCCAACCUCCACCAUGUCCGUCAGCAUGGUCGUCAUGGAUACAGGGGCUCCCGCCGUGCCUACAACCAUGUUGACCACCACCUCUUCCGUCCCUUCUGCCCCAGAAAACACUUCGACAUAUACCACCGCUGGUGCCGUGGCCAUGCCUGGCCAAGGUGGAAAUCAAGGCGGUCUCGGCACUGCUCAAGUGGUGGGCAUUGCUAUUGGCGGAGCCGUCAUGGCGAUUGGUGUCUUGGCCUUCCUCACCUUCAUCUUCUGCAUCAGGAAGAGGCGACAGGAGAGAAGGAAAAGUCAACGGAAAUCUCGCAUCUUCGAAACCACUCCUCCAACCAAUUUUGAGUCACCCCCUGAAGAUGGCUCGGCAGUUUUGGCGGCCACUACCAAACCUGCUCCUGCACAAAUCUCCAACGGUCGUUUCUACGCCUCUCAACCACCCAUGGAAGACAAGCGGAGAAGUUUCUGGAGAAAGAGUAUCAAGCCAGAAGAAAUCGGUGUUGCUGUGUCUCCCAAAAUGCCCGGUGACAUCUCCCCCAUCAGCGCCUCGUCACAGCAUAGCAUCUCACGACUCUUACCCGCAUUACCUAAUCGCACGCUUGUCCCGGCUCCUUUGGAUAUUGAAGCAUCCCGAGAACGGCGCAGAAGACCCUCAAGUGAUGGUACAAUGUCCGAUAUUGAAUCAACUCUCACAUCUGCAAACCAACAAGCCAUCUAUAUUGAUAAUCAGACCUUUGUCCUGGAGAAAGCACCUCCUGCGAAGAAGCUGCGUAGUGCGGCAGCUCCGAUUACGCUCCCUUCGGUGCCUGAAUAUCCGGUUCAGAAGUCCAAGACCCAGCCUGCCUCCGCAGCAAGGAUUCCACUUACUCCUACCUAUGAUAAUGGCAACAUUGAUCUCAUUUCACCUCCUUUCAGUGCCUCAACCGUUGCUGAGUCUGUGGUAACAGUCUCGCAAUUUCCUCUGCCAUCAAAUUCAACGGAGCAAAAACCCACACCAUCCUCCUCCUACGGCGUCAGGAGUGUUUUGAAAAAGCCGCCACCGUCAACACUUCCACUUCGCUCUUUGAUCAGCCCGCCGAUGGAGCCUCUAGAGCAGCCGCGAAACCCUCCACCACCCCCAAUACCACGGCCGGCAUCAAACCAACCUUUUCGCCCAGUGUCAUUGAGUUCCGAAUAUACUGAGAUUGAAGAAGAUUCAACACCAGAAGAACUCAACAAACAGUUGGGGUUGUCCUCGAAUCCUUCUGCACCACGAAAUUCUCGUGUUGAGAUUCGUGCUGAUGAUGCAGGACAAAGCAGUCCGAUCAAGGACUUGAGAUAUCCGCAAAUACCUCGAUCAGCAGCAGUGUCUCGGCAAGCUGAAAGACCAGCUCAGCUUCGAGGAUCUCUUCCUCAAGAUCCUUUUGCACCAUUACCAUCCACCACUUUCACACCUCGAGAUCCCGUCGCCAGAACAAGGGUGAGCUUCCUACAAGGCGAGACAAGCUCCUCCGAUGGUUAUAUGUCAGAUGAAACGAUCGAAUGGCCAGUACCGCCAAUGUCAGAGAACAGCACACAAAGAGCACCACCAAUAGCACAGAGCUCGCUUAAGCAGAAGAUGGCUCGACUUCGAAACUCAAACGGCGCUGGAAAUAGAGGCAGCCCUCUUGCUCCAAUUUACAGUCCUUCAUUGAACGAGAUGAUGACAGUCGAUUCACGGAUGAAGACGACUCAAACAACAGCCAACUUAAUUCCCGAACGCUCCCCAUCGACAAGAGCCAAAUUGACACCCAACAAGGCGGAGAAUGGGGAUCUCUACCUCACGGUCCAAGACAUCUAA